AUGGUGGAGCCCGUUUCGGCCACCGUUCUUGCAACAGGUCUCGCAGCAGACUUCUUCGCCGGAUGGUUGGCAAAGAAGGCUUUCUUCCAAGGCUGCCGAACGGUGAAGGACACCUUGGACUGCUGCCUUGAGAAGGAUCUGGUAAAGACAACCCAACGCGCUCUCGGAUUGCUUGCAGGAGAACUUCGACAAGGAUCGCUCGGGAUGUUUGAGGCCGGAAGAGAUCCAGGCUGGUCUGCGCAAGCUCCGCCAAGACCUUCCAAAGUUGACGGAUGCUGGACAACGGUCCUCGAUGACCUCAUCAUGGGCCUCAUGCUCUACGCCGAGACAGCUUGUGCCAGUCUCCAGAAGAACGGCCCAGCCACCGAGAAGCGCCUCAGGAGCUUCGUGCCGCGCUAUGCCAGCCUGGACAAGAAGCGGGCACAGAUUGAGCUGAUCGUGUGUUCGUUCAUCCGAUCGGCGCAGCACAAGACGCUUCUGGAAAAGAUCGAAAGCAAGACGGCUGAGUAUGCAGAGGACAUCCUCUGGGACACCAUUGAGGAGCCGCUGAAGGAAGCCGUGGGUGCCAUCGUGCAAGAUGUGAUGGGAUCCGCAGUUCCAGAUGCUCUGAGCCUCUUCAUCCAUUUCUUGGAAGUCGUUUAG